AUGUCUGGAACGGGCAACAGAUUCAUUAGCUUUGCAUUGGUAGCCUUAGGCUGUAUUUACUGUACCAGCGCGUCGGCCAAUCUGACCGAAUUCCUGUCGCACCGCCAGCGGCGUGGACUUAUCUAUCAGAACAGCGGCUCUAUUAAGUUCAGUAUAGGACCCUCGUUGCCGAUUCCUUUGGGCGACCCUGUGACGUUCCGCUCUACGGUCCUUUCGUUCACGCUGCAGGGCGGCACCUACAGCUUGCCAACCACUCCAAUUUGGCCCUGGGAUAAAUGGGAAUCCACCUUUGCCCGAUCUCUGCAGCAAAUGAGGCGCAACAUCGAAAGGCACACGGCCAACGGAGGUGUUAAAUACGCGGACGAUGCCCGACAGCUGGUGUACACCGCCAUGGAGGAGUACAUAGGCAGAAGAAACAAUGAUAUGAUUGUGGGCAGACAAUGCCUGCUGCGUUCCAUAUGCGAGAAUGCCCAGGUGCAUCAUCAUGUAGGCGUCUUCUCCGAAAUACUAAACAUUGUGCUGAGUCCGGGCAAAGCCGAUUUAGAUAACUGCUAUCACGAUGCCUUUGCGGCUGGACAGGCGGGUGCUAAUUGCCUGGCCGUAUUUGAGGCCUGUCCACGUGGCAUGAACUUUUUGGACGAGCUGUUGGUUACGGAGCGUCACUGA